AUGGCUCGUCUGUUCCCAGGCUGGCCAGAAGCUACUCUGUCUAUGCAGUCAAACGCUGCCACCAUGGGCAGUAACCUGAACCUGCUCCGCCAUGCUGGGGUUCUAUGUGACGUUGUCCUGGUGGCAGAGGACACGUCAUUUCCGGUACACCGUGCCGUCCUGGCUUCCGGCAGCGACUACUUCAAGGUCAUGUUCACGUGUGGGAUGAAGGAAUCUGCCCAAGGCGUGGUGAACUUGAACGGGAUAAGUGCGAAAGGGAUCAAGCCACUUCUGGAUUACCUCUACACUUCUACAAUAACGUUGACAUCCGACAACGCUGAGGCCGUGCUACACACUGCUCACCAGCUCCAAAUCGACGUUACGGACUUUUGCUCCCAGUAUCUUUGCGAAGAGGUCGAUGAGGAAAACUGUUUAGAUAUGCUCGCGCUCGCUGAGAUGUACAACCUGCCCAAUCUUAUCAUGGCGGCGGGAAAGUGCAUUCUGGAACACAAGGUGGACACGGAAGAGUUCCUGUGCAUCGACAAGCCGACGUUGUGCAAGUUCCUCACACACCAAGAGUUGGAUCUUGAUGAAGUGGAAAUCGCGGAAGCCGUCAUCCGCUGGCGGAGAAACAUGUCCCUGGGAUCCACCAGCACUGCAGAUCUGUUCAAACACGUCCGGUUACCGCUUAUAGAGGAGAAGGAUCUUUACGGCAAGGUCUUCGCCGUUCACUUCAUCCGGAGCAACCCGGUCCUCGAGGAGCGGGUCCAAGAAGCCAUUAAGUACCAGGAGAACCCGUUCCUCCAGCCGGCCAUGCAGUCGGAGCACACGGUGCCGCGGAGGUCGGUGGAGACGGUGCUCGCGAUCGGCGGAAGGAUGCAGCUGGACGGGAAGACCAAGAUGGAGAAGUGCGCGGACGUGUUGGCGUUGGAGCCCAGGACGGGGAGGUGGAGGAUCAUCACGGAGCUGAAGUGGCCUCAGGCGGUGCACUCGAUCUGCAGCGUGGCGGCGAUGGGAGGGUUUCUCUACACCGUGGGAGGACAGAACCAGUUCAGGCAGCUGGCGAAGCGGACGACCUCAGGAGCCUGCAGGUACGACCCUCGCCGCGACGUUUGGGUGAAGCUGGCGAGCAUGAACCAGGAGCGAGGUAGUUUUGUCCUCCUCCCCCACAGAGGAUGUCUAUACGCCAUCGGCGGCUAUGAUAUAGAAGGGAUCCCGGCGAAAAGUGUAGAAAAGUACACGCCAGAGAAGAACGAGUGGUCAUACGUGCAGCCCCUGCCGGUCGAAAGAGGAGGCAGGGCGGACCAUGCAGGUGUGGUCUGUAAUAACCGGAUAUACGUCACCGGUGGGAUAGCUCUGGCAACGGACUCCCAGGACACGACGUUCGCCUACGACCACGUACGCGACACUUGGCAACAAAAAGCGUCUCUCAGCGAAGCCCGUUUCGGGCACGGAAUGGCGUCCAUCGGCGGGAAAAUCAUUGUGCUUGGCGGUUCUAUCACUGAACCGUCUGGCGACACGUUAGACAUAUACAGUAUCGAAAGGUACAGCCCGAAUAGCGACGUGUGGGAGACGGUCACCAAGAUGCCGUACGGACGCUGCUUCGCAGGUGUCACCGUCUUUGGCGACGACAUCUACGUCAUAGGCGGGUUCAAUAGGAGGAAAGAGGAGACGAAAAAGGCCGCCUAUGUCUAUCACGUGGAGAAAGACGACUGGGAGGAGAUGGAAGGACUUGCAAAUAGGAAUAUGGGAGUGUCGGCUGUGACUUUGAGGGUGCCGAGGAGACUGCUGGAGAAGCAGCUAGAGACAAAAACUAUGCUUAAGGCUGCAGUAGCUGACUCUGAGAAAUUCUGGAAAUAAUGUUUACGGCCGUACGUCUGUUGUAAUGUACAUUUGCUCACAAUACAAUACAAAUCUUAUACGUUACGUUCUAUGCAAUGUAUGAUACAGUGCGUUGUAUGUCUUCAUUACAUACGUGGUCUUUAGAAACGCCGCGGUAUCAUAUCUAAAAGGUCGUACUUCCCUCAGUGAUCCUCAGUGGCAAGUGUGUAACAGUUUAGUCCC